GAGGAAAGUACGGACCAAUACACCUUUUACUCCCUCCCGCACAUAUUCCUCACGAGAUCAGACACCUCGUCAUCAACUUGUAGAGUCCUCUCACACCCACAGAGCUCUGCCUAUUCCAUGAUGGGCGGUACUCCACUCCCGCAGCCAAAGUCAUCAACCAAACCCUCAUUCAACAACAAGUGUUCAAAAGAGCCAGAGCCCUGUGUGUCAAAGAAGACAAAAUUAUCUUCAACACCAUCUCACAGUGAUCCCACAGCCAUGCACCAUUGUUUCAGCGCCCCAUUGACAUCCAAUCCAUCUCCAUCCCUAACCAAUUCCUCCCCAAUGCGCUAUAGACCAGGAUUAGUCCCUCUUCCAUCGACCCUCAGACCUCACUGUUUAGCCCGUGAAAGACUUCGCAAAUGGCUACUAGCAGGAGGAAACACACACAUCUCCAGUGCGAGUACCCCCAAAACGCAAGACAUUAGCAAAUCCAAUGAACAACUAGACCACAUUCUAGAAGUCAUAGGAUUGUCGUGGGCA